UAAGAUCUGGUUCAUUAUAUAAACGAUUCAAUGCCUUUUUUUAAUAUAUUAUUGUGUAAGCGUGCUAUUCUUUUUUGCAAAUUAUUAUAAUUAUUAUUCUCCAUUUACUCACAAUUUCUUAACUUGCAAAAGUUGACCAGAUUGGGUUUAUGAAUUUGUAGUUCAAAAUCCUCCAAUUCUGAAAUAAAUCGAAAAGAGAGUGUGAUUGAAUCCGAAAUAAAUUCGAAAGCAGCACAGAUAAGAAAGAUUCACAUAAAAAGUUAUUUGUAGAAGCAUAAACAUGGCCGAGGCCAAGGUCUUAGGGAUGAUACAAGAUCUUGAGAGUGAGCUUGCUACAUGUACAAAUACUGACAAGAGUGGGGAGUUGGAGGAAAAAAUUGAAGUGCUAAAAGAUAUGUUGGAUUUCUUGAGAGACUUGGAAAUGGAAAAGAGGAUCAGACUAAAAUAUUUAAUAGCUGACUUGGUCGAGAUGGCUCAAUAUGUCAUGUGCCUGAGCCAUUCCAGUGACAUGCUCGAGGACGUCCAAGAUGGGAUCAAGGAGACAAAGAUGCUGAUGAUAAACUUUGUAGCCGAUGAGGAAAAUAUUGGAGACGCAGAAGAAGUUGUGGUGGGGUUGGAGGAAACCGCGAAGACAUUGCUUGACAGAAUGAUUUUUACAGAGUAACAAGUUACAGAUUUUGUGUAUAAAGGGCAUGAUUGGUAUCGGGAAGACAACUCUCGCCAGACAACUGUACAAGGCCGUCAAGGGCCAAUUCCAGCGUCGUGCUUGGGUAUGCCUUUCAAGUGACACGAGUAACAAAGAGAUACUUAUGAAACUGAUACAGCAAAUGGCGGUAGGAUAUGCCGAAAGAGAUCUGUCAUUGGAAGAAAUGGACGAAGAGAGUCUCCAAAACAUGCUUCGUCAGCACCUGGAAGGAUUUUCAUAUUUCAUAGUUUUGGACAAUGUGUCGGAAGAAACGGAACUCAAGUACAUGAUCUGGAAAUGUCUUCCAUAUCUUUCAAAUCUAGGCCUUCGUCCAAACAGGUUGAGGUUGCUGUUAACAAGUCGCUAUAAACCAGACAUGGUCGCUUAUACUCAUGAGAUGAAAGCUUUGGAUUUUGAUAAGAGCUGGCAGUUGUUUUUGAAAACAAUUAAUAAAUUUACAAGUGCUGAGAACAAAUUUACAAAGGAGUUGGAAAGGAAGGGUAGAGAGAUGCUGAAAAAAUGUGCGGGUGUGCCAAUAGCUAUAAUAGAUGUGGCAAGGCAGAAAGCAAAACAAAGGCUUUCAGGCAUUGAAUGGGAACAACUUUUUGAUUCAAUUGAUUUGAGUGAUUCAUUGAAGAAAUUGGAACCGAUGUAUGAUGAAUUGAAAGAUUAUAUCAGGCCAUAUUUCUGGCAUUUGUCCCUUUUUAAGGAAAAUGCAAUUAUAAGGCAAGAAAAGUUACAGCAGAUUUUGGCCGCAAACGGGUUACAUUCCAUAUACAUUACAGAGGGUUUUGUACUUCAAUCGAUUCUUGAAGUCGAGAAGCAGCACUUUAGAUAUGUAGACUAUCGCCUCAAUCCUCUACUACACAUGAUAUCCAUCCAAAAAGCAGAAGAGGAAAUGGGCUUAGAGAUCUUAAGAAGCAAUGGAAACAGUAGGCCCUCUCAGAAAGCCCGUCAUCAGGUUAUCCAUUGUGGCAGAGACAAGUUUGAUCCUUUCACGAAUGAAGAUAGCAAACAACUUAUUUCUCUUAUCUUCCAUGGAGGCGGUCGCUACUUGGACGAUGCUAGCCAAUCAUAUUGGAAGAGUUUUGAAGCCCUCAAGAUACUCGACAUAGAAGAUUUUGGGGUGAAGAGUUUGUCAGAAACGAUCGGCACAUUGAUUGAGUUAAGAUACUUGGGAUUGAGAAACAAUUACAUACAAGAGAUCCCCCACUCGUUGGCGCAUCUGGAAAAGCUUAAGGUUCUUGAUAUAGCUCUGAACUUUAUGGUGGAGGUACCGAAUACUAUAGGGCAAAUGGGCAACCUUCGUGAUCUCCACAUGUCUGAUGUGAUUUUUCGGAAGCCUUUGAAAGAAGAUGCGCUGCAGAAUCUACGGACCCUAGCAUACAUCUCAAUUUAUGAUUCGACAUAUGAGGACCUGAUCUUCGGGAGAAUGCAUGAACUUGAAAAAUUGGGCAUUGAAGAAGUUGAUGAAAACUCGGAUGUAGGCAUGCUCUUUGCUACGCUAGCUAAGAUUCAGAACUUGCGUGAGCUUUUCAUAAGAGGGUUUCGUUAUAGAAGCAUGCCAUGUUUGGAUGGAAUUGGUGUUUUAGAUGGACUCUUCGUACUAAAACUAUAUGGGUGCAUAGGUAGGCUACCAAGUGCAGAAAAUCUACCUCAGAGGAUUAGUCGCAUAACAUUGGUAAAUACUUGUCUUGAUGAAGACCCCAUGCCAAUAUUGGAGAACCUCGAUGCCCUAUCGUACAUCAAACUGCGAAAUGCAUACACUGGUCGAGAAAUGGUGAUCCAACAUCGUGGAUUUGUAUCACUCGAAGUGCUUUGCAUCAGUGAAUUGUGGUAUCUUAGAAAGAUACAAGUUGAUGGUUAUGCAAUGUGGAAUCUCAAGAAACUAGAAAUCUACAACUGUCCACAUCUGGAGACACUUCCGGAACAAAUUCGGAGGAUGGAUGAACUGCAAAAGUUUAAGAUGGUAACGACAAAACACAUAGCAACAAAGAUCAGAAAUUCAGGUUUUACCUCCAGAAUUGUUGAGGAGGAUAUCUAUCCAUAGUUUGAAGGUUAUAUCUAUCUGUCUUCGUAGAAGGUGCAAUGUCUACCGAUAAGUGUACCUCGACGAGCAGAGAGAUAAAGGCUGAACUCACCGGCUGUCGCUCCCGAGGGCCAUAACCAGACAGACUUCUCCGCAAAGUUCAUCAACCACGGUGUCUUGAAGAUUUUGUCUAUGAUUGUUUCCUUAAUUUAUCCUUUAUUUUUGGUAUCUAAUUGAUUUCCAUGUAUCGAGUCGAGCAUAAUUAUAUGCCCCAUUCUGGGUUUUCUUUGUCGGUUCUUUCCCGAAAUGAAAAAGAGAGUCGAACCGCAUAAGUGUAAAUAAGUUUAAAUAU